ACAGGUCCUUAAAACAGAAGCACGGCCACUCCCCUUUCCUGAGCUCCACGAGGCUGACAUUUAGGGGAAGCCCAAGCUUUAAAAGUUUCAUUUCAUCUGCAAAGAACCUUGCGUCAACACCUUACCUGUCUCUCACCAGCAAACACACAGCAGCUGGACACACCAGCCCACUAGUUACGGAUAUCAUCGACCUGUAAGCAUCACAGCAUCUAGUGUUUGUGGAUCCUACUGUACGUGGAUCAGGAUGACAGCCUCAAAGUCUUCGCAGACUACCCGCAAUAUUGUGAUCGCCAUCCUCGCCAUCUGGUCCAUCAUCUCUAUUAUCAUCAUUGCGGUGUGGGCAACCUCGGCGGACAUGAAAAGUGCCAGCAAGUGUCGUGCAGAGCUAAAGGAACUCCAAGAGAAGCACGAGGGGGCGAAAGUUGUGUGGACCAAAGACAGAAAGGCUCUUGAAGACCUGGUGAGGCAGGGAUGGAAAAAUCAGAGUGUCUUACAGAAGCAAAUCGAACAGCAAAAGGAGCAGAUGAGAUUUCUCAACCUGUCCCUCGAGGCCAGCCAGCAAGAAAAUAUCAUUCUGAACGGUAACAUCACGGAUUUGAAGGGCAAGAUUGAAGCAUACACAGUAAUGGUGGGAAACCUCAGUGCUGAAAUCAGCCUUCAGAAAGACCAUAUUGAAGGCCUUGAGCAUAACCUGACCCUGAAGGCCCAAGAAUUGGACUCGUGCGCGGCUUUACAAACCGCUGCCGCACAGCUCCAAAACGCUGCGGAGAAACAGCACAAGGCCUGUGAGACGUCCAAGCAGUUUUUACAGAAGCAACUGGCGAAGUGCAAAAACACAGAUGUCCUUGAGGAGACAGCACAUCAUGUUGAAGUCAAUCCAGACAAUGGAGUCAAGAGUAUCACUGCAAGUAGCGUUACAUUGGCCAUGAUCCUUUGCUUAAGUCUGCUUCUGGUACCAUAGAUGAUAGGAAGACUGGAUGAUGGAGUAUCUGGGUACACGUUUCAGCGCAACACUGUUCUGAGGAUGCCUGCAAGGUGCACUUGUAACCCUGGACUUGAAGCACAUUUUAUUCUACAUUUGAAAUAAAGAGCACUGAAGUCAAUUCGAUGAGUAUAUUCAGUGUCGGUCAAGUUAGUUUCAUCGCAAAGGGUUUUUGCAGCAUUAAAUAAUGUUAGCUGGGUGAGAUCGGGAAGCUAGAUUCACGUCAACAAAUAUAUAUGCUGUACAUUGGUGUUCACUUUUAAUGUUUUUUUUUCUUUAUGAAAAUAUAUCGAUGUUUAACUUCUAGACGUUUGAGAAUUGAAAGACCUAUUUAUCGGAAUAACCAGGAUAAAAUAGCAAAAAUGCAUUAAUGUAAAUUAAUUUGUUUUACCACUGUCAAAAAAAAUCAUAAAAGCUAUUUUUAGAUAAAGUGACAACUAUAAUUAUAAUAGAUAAUAUACUUCUGAGGAAUUGUUUACCUUUGUUUACAGUAAUAACAAUAACAGAUUUAUUUGAUAAAAACUGUACUUCUUCUCACUGUGGUAAUUUUGAGGAGAGACAUUAGAGACGCACCAAAGCAUUAUGUUAUGACCGAUACAGUAUAGGCCUACUGCCAUUUGUCUGGAUGCACAAUAAACCAGUUAAUGGAGACGUAGAAAUAGACUUUUUAGGAGGAAUGUUUGUCACAAUUUAUCUCAUUGUUUCCCAAUCCAAAUCAAUUCAUCACUUAAGACUGUCACCUGAAAUAGGUGUGUCAUAGACUAAACCAGCAUGGGCUACACUGAGACAGAAUAAAUUGUUAAUUGUGUGUUUAGUUAUUAAAUUUAUUUUAUGCUUGCUAGUAAAGAAAACUGAACUGUUUUAGUCUAGUCAAAUGAUCCAGCUGACUCUAUGCAGCGUUACACAAAAACGUUCAUUAGUCUACUGAAAUGAAGUCUUUGUCUUUGUGAGUGUACAUGUUUAAAAAAAUAAAAACGUCUGACAACA